AUGGCGCCCUGGGCGAACCCCCCCUUCAGCGCCCGCCCCGCCCACACCCGGGAGCGCCCCUUGUUGCCCCCGGUGGUCAGGCUGAUGAGGGAGAGGACACUGGGGAACAGUGUGACCAGGCUGUACAACCAGCUGAGGGAGCAGCACAGCCUGACCUGGAUGAGUCGGACCCUGGACUACCUGUCCGUCUGUGACCACUUUGUGGUCCCAGGUGCCGCACCACUGAGGGUAAUACCUCCUCCUCCCUUUUUGGAUGUGCCCUCAGCCCAGUGGCUGCUGACUGUCCACGGCUACGACGUUCUUUUCCAGCUGGAGGACUUUAAGGCCAGAGUCACCUCCACCUUUGGGUCCAUCCUGAAGAUGGAUUCAACCAAGAAGGUGACCAAGAAACUAGCUGGGAAGGCACACGGGACAGCAGCGUGGGCCACAAACGUGGGUAAUGAGUACGGCCAGGUGCUCAUUACGGUCCUCACAGACAGCGAAGGAGAGGGCCUGCUCGACAUGGCAGCUGGCCUCCAGCAGCGCUACGGUAGAGCUGGAGUGGCACCUCCCAAGCUGCUGUAUGUCAACCGGGACUGCUGCGCCCUGAUGGGAAAGGGGAAGACGGCAGCCAUGUUCAGCCAGUGGGCUGAACUCAUCGUCCGGCUGGAUGUGUGGCACUUCAUCCGUCGCUUUGCUCGGGGAGUGACCACAGAGAUCCAUCCUCUCUAUGCUCUCUUUAUGCAGCGGCUCUCCUCCUGCAUGUUGGUGUGGUGUGCAGAUGAUGUGGAGCGCCUGCGGGAGGCCAAGCGAGGUGAGCUCAAGGAGAGCCACAUCACGGGGCUCAGCGACGCACAACUGAUGAAGAGGAUCAGCCUGAAGGAGAUGGCUCGGCACUGUCGUCGCCGCACGCGCGGGGCGGAGGAGACCGAGCGUCUCAUCGGGGAGCUCCUGGACACCUUCAUGGAUGCCACAGACACCAUAGGCAUCCGGCUCCUGGACCGUGACCGAAUGACCCCCCCUGAUGUCAGCAUCUACACCAACAAGAGCAAGGACGUGACCAAGGGAGGGGUCAUCCUGCCUGUGUUGCGCUGCUCACGUGGGUCCACCUCCCUGGAAUCUUUCCACCUCCACCUCAACCGCUUCAUUCCUGGAACAAGUGCGUGUGCCGAGCACUUUCAGGCCUACCUCCUUGAAGGGUUGGUUAGGUGGAAUGAGGACCGUGCCGAAGCGGGCUGCAGUCUGGUGAAGGAUCAUACAAGGCCUGCAAAGUACACUGGGGAACUCAUUGGGGUCGACUACCUCUUCUCCCAGACCCAUGGUGACCAGAGGCUGGAGUCCAACCUCGGUAAGGACCCGGAUGUCCCAGACGGGACACCUGAUGUAUUUGAGGGAGGAGAGGGAGAGGAGGAGGACCUGAGCGAGCUUGAGGAGGAGGAGGAUGACCCCACCAUGUCCUUGCCCGCCCUCGAUGACAGUCUCCCAGCAGUACCUCCACUCAGGAAGGCCACUCCACCGCUCACUAAGCCCACUCAACCCAACUCAUCCCAGGUACCUGUCGUCACACCCCCUGAUGACACUAUGGAGGUGGACACUACACCAGCUGCCAGUCAGGACCUGGAGGAUGACGAGUACAUAGGACCUGAUGGGGUUAGUGGAUACCAGCACGUGGUCCUCCUUGCCAAGAGUCUGGUGAGGCUCCUGGAGGGGCCAUGGAUCUCUAAUAGGCAAAUAGAGGAGAUCAUGGCUCUCUGGGGAAAUCUCCCGGAAAGAGACAAGGCGGCUGUCUCCUACCCAGAGAGGUUCCGGGACCGAGUCCUGCAGGGGCGCUUUAAAAAUUCCAAGAACUCCACCGUGAAGGGGGAAGAGAGUAUGAAGCGCUCCCUGCUUGGCCAAGGCUCUGGACCUGCUCAGUGGCCCAACACCAGCAGGACAGUGGAGGCCAUUUUUGUGGAGCUGUGCCACAAGCACCCUGCUGGCAAGACGGUUCUUGGUAACCGGGUCAACAGGUGGGGUGCUAUCCUGGGGGACUACAGGAGGAUCAGGACCAUGGUGCUGGGCAGCCCAAACCUGAAUACACACACAAGGCUGCAACUGUUUGAGGUCAACAAGCUGACCUUGACACAGUGGUACAACAAACGGAUAUCCUCUAUGGAGAGAGUGGCCCUGCACCAGACCCAGGACAGCAUGACUGCAGAGAGGGAGGAGUCAGGCCCCUUCCACGCUGCAGUAAGGAGCACUUCACCGCUGCCAGGCCCAUCAACCAGCAGCACCUACCAGCUGCCAGAGGACAGAACGGGGCAGGCUACACAGCGUGGCAGAGCAGCAACUAGUCAGCCACUGCCACCUCUACCGCCACCAGUCUCCCAAGAGCGCCCUCGACCUCCACUCUUCCCCCUCCUCCUGCUGGACCCAAGGUCUCCAGGACCACCGAAUGGAGGAGGAAGAAGAAGCUGGAGUCUGGCAUUACAGUAAGAGCGCACAAGCCAUACGAAGGCUAUAAGUGCUCUAAAUGUGGCAAGCCAAAAACUUCUGAAUUUGGACACAGUAUGUACGGUAAUGUGAGAUUCUGUGCCGCUACCUCUGGUGGCCAAACUGUUGAGGAGUGGCUGGCACUCAUGAGGGCCCAGCAUGGUGCUAGCAAAGGCCAGUAAACUGACUGACUGACUGGUGUGUAAAGUAGUUUUUGUACAUAUGUUCUUUGUUGCUUUGUUUUUUUAUGACAUUGAUUGUUUGUACCUUUUUAGCUCAUUUAAAAUUCUUAACUUGUUAACAAAGUGUGUGUGUAUUAUGCUGUGUUGUUUCACACUUGACAUUCCCUGUGAAAUAAAUAACUUUUUCUCCCUUGGAAUUCAUUUAGAUUUAUUGUCAUACACUGUCUUUAAAGUUUAAUAAACACACUGUUUGCAGCACAGAAAAAACAGGCAAGUUCUACUGAGACAUUUGAGAUGACCAGCAGAUACUAUAGGUGACAGCAGGGAGUCAACCACCCCCAGCCCCCCAAUCGA